UAAUCAUUUUGGUGUAGCCUGAGAGUUUCUCCAUCUUGUUCGUACACAUACAUCUUCUCUAACAUGCUAUAAAUACUUUUUCAAGCUAUAGAAUGUGCCGCCCUAUUGCAAAAGCUAUUUUUAAUACUUGCUCUAUAUAUUAACAUUAGCAAUGGCCUAGAUUUGAAUGAAGGGAGGGAUCAACUCGUUUGGAGUCGUUAGGUGCUUACUGGACUGGCUUGGACAAGAAACAUUAAGGUUUUCUUCUUCCUGUUAGUGGAAGACAUUUCUUCAUCUCCAGCUAAAUAAGAUCUAAACAUGAUCCACCUUAGCAUCUCCUUGGUACUCUUCUGUCUUUUCUCAUUUGGAAAUACACAGUCUAAUUCUCCACCUCUAUCAGUCCCAUAUGGAGGUCCAGCAGGAAAAUGGACGGAAAUUGAGUUAUGCCCCCCUGGUACUAAGGCAAGAGGAUUCUCUGUUAAGAUGAAAGAAAAACAAGGAAUCCCCGGGGACUCUGCCCUUAAUGGGGUCCGUCUGUACUGCUCGUCUCCAAGUAAUGCUGAGGAGGAAUAUGUUGUGACAUCUACUGAGGGACAGUCUGGAAGCUGGUCUCCCCCUUUCCGGUGUGCAGGUGGCUAUCUCAAACGCUUCCGCCUCAGAGUGUCUCCCCCCCUGAGUAUUGACGAUGACAUGUUGGCCAACACAAUGUUCAGCUGCGAAGACGGCCACGAAAUUGAAGGAUCUGGAAGCCAAAGGGGGUUCUAUGGACCUUGGAGCGAUUCAUGCAAAAUCUGCAUCUGUGGCAUUCAGACCAAGGUAACUAAUGAAGGCGACGUGGUCAAUGACACUCGGUAUUAUUGCUGUGACAACUGAAUCUGCUGAUGGUGCCUACUGAAGCUGUACCGUAUGUGACCACUCUUUAUAUCCUGGGAGUUAUGAUCUUGCACUUAUUUUACCUCUAAUCCCCACAUUUAGCAGAAGAUUUGAGCUUGAUAAGAAAUACUGGGGCUGCACAUGUAUCGAUUGUGUCUAAUUACUCUAUACUUUAGCUAAUUAAACACUUGCUUUACA